AUGUCCUCCUUCGAAUCAGUGGUCGUCAUCGACGGCAAAGGACACCUCCUCGGUCGUCUGGCCAGCACUGUCGCCAAGCAGCUGCUCAACGGUCAGAAGAUCGUCGUCGUGAGAUGUGAGGCCCUCAACAUCUCCGGCGAGUUCUUCCGCGCGAAGCGAGACAAACGACCGACAACAUCCGCAAAUCGAGACUACUGGCAGUUCUUUGGUGGCAAUUUAGGCCAAAUUUUUGGAGGAAAUGCUCUGCAACUUGGAUAUCAGAAAGCUGACUCGAAAUUCCGCCAUACAGUCAAGUACCACGCCUACCUUCGCAAGAUGACUCGUUUCAACCCCACCCGUGGUGGUCCCUUCCACUUCCGCGCUCCUUCCCGCAUCCUCUACAAGGCCAUCCGCGGUAUGAUGCCCCACAAGACCGCCCGUGGUGCUGCCGCUCUGGAGCGCCUUAAGGUCUUCGAGGGUGUUCCCCCUCCUUACGACAAGAAGAAGCGUGUCGUUGUUCCCCAGGCUCUCCGUGUCCUGCGUCUCCGCCCCGGCCGCAAGUACUGCACCGUUGGCCGUCUCAGCCACGAGGUUGGCUGGAAGUACCAGGAUGUUGUUUCCAGACUCGAGGAGCGCCGGAAGGUCAAGAGCAAGGCUUACUACGAGCGCAAGAAGGCCGCUCGUCGUGUUCUUGCCAAGGCCGAGCAGGGAGCGAAUGUGGACAGCAAGACCAAGACCCAGCUUGCUCAGUUUGGCUACUAG